GUAAAUUUGCAGUUUACAAAAUGAAAGUGUCUACCCUCUCAACCCCCAAAUGUUGAUCUAUGUUAAACGCAUAGGAAGUUAAUCUUCAGUUAUUCUCGUUUGGAUGUUUACGCUUUCAUCAGCAAAUUCUCUCGAUUCAAUCGUCCAAUUUCACCAUUCUUCCUCUAAUAAUUUCGGAUUCAACCGUUGUUUAAUCGCCACAAGACCGUAGGUUCUUUCACUCAGGAAUAUGAACCGUAAUGCGAUCAUAAGCACCUAAAGCAGGGUUCAUCAUGAGAUAAUGGACUCAUCUGCUGGUAGAUUGAGGAAUACGUCGGUGUUGGUUACUACACUUGAUUCCAGUGAAGUAUAUAUUAUUAUUAGCCUGUGUUCUAGGACCGACACUCAAGUCAUUUACAUUGAUCCAACAAGUGGGUCCCUUCAACAUGACAAAAAGCUAGGAUACGACGUUUUCCACACCCAAGAUGAAGCACUAAAUUAUAUUACCGAUGGUUCAAAGUUAGUUUGUAAGAGUACAGUUCAUGCAAAAGCUAUACUGGGUUAUGUUGUACUUGGGAGCACUGCAUUGCUGCUUGUUGCAACAAAGUUAGACGCUAGCAUUCCGUAUUUGCCAGGUGGAGGGUGUGUAUACACCAUUAGUGAGAGUAAAUGGAUCAAAAUUAUGCUUCAAAACCCUCAACCGCAAGGGAAAGGAGAGGUGAAGAAUAUUCAAGAAUUAACGGAACUUGAGAUUGACGGAAAACAUUAUUUUUGUGAGACGAGAGAUAUUACCCGCCCGUUCCCUAGUCGGUUUUCGUUACGGAAUCCCGAUGAUGAAUUUGUUUGGAAUGGAUGGCUCUCGUUUGCUUUUAGAAGGAUUGGGCUGGAGCAUCACUGUGUCGUUUUGCUGCAGGGAUUUGCAGACUAUCGAACAUUUGGAAGCUCAGGCCAGCAAGAAGGAAACGUUGCUCUUAUAGCUCGUCGUAGUAGGUUGCAUCCCGGCACUCGUUACUUAGCAAGAGGCCUAAAUUCUUGUUACAGUACAGGAAAUGAAAUCGAGUGUGAGCAACUUGUAUGGGUUCCAAAAAGAUCUGGUGAAAACGUGCCUUUCAACAUGUACAUAUGGAGACGAGGCACUAUUCCUAUAUGGUGGGGUGCGGAACUAAAGAUGACCGCUGCGGAAGCAGCGAUUUACGUUUCCGAUCGUGAUCCGUAUAAAGGAAGUGCACGGUAUUACCAAAGAUUAACCAAAAGAUACGAUACACGAAACUUAGCUGUACCCGGCGCAAAUCAAAAUAAAAGCGGUUUAGUUCCUAUUGUUUGUGUCAAUUUGCUUAGAAACGGAGAAGGGAAAUCCGAAUCCAUUUUAGUUCAACAUUUUGAGGAAUCAUUGAAUUAUAUCCGGUCAACCGGUCAACUUCCUGACACUCGGUUUCACUUGAUACAUUACGAUUGGCAUACAAGUAACCGAUUGAAAGGCGAACAACAAACCAUCGAAGGACUUUGGUACCAUCUAAAAGCUCCCACAAUAUCAAUAGGCAUUUCCGAAGGUGAUUAUCAACAUUCCCGUAUGCAAAUAGACGAUUGCGAAGGUGAAAAAAUAUAUAACGAUGACAUCACCGGUUUCUUCUGCUUACGUGUACUUCAAAACGGAGUGAUCCGGUACAACUGUGCGGAUUCGUUAGAUCGUACAAACGCUGCUAGUUAUUUUGGUGCACUUCAAGUUUUCACAGAACAAUGUAGACGGCUCGGGAUAUUUCUCGAUAAUGAUGUGGCGUACGAUCAGAGUACUCGGAAACAUUCAUUCUCUGACAAGCCUUGGAAGCGUUUUGAUAUGACGUUUGAGGAAUUCAAACGGUCGACUAUUUUAUCGCCAAUAUGUGAUUUGGCUGACCUUUUUCUGAUUGCUGGUGAUAUCCAUGCGACACUGUACACCGGAUCGAAAGCGAUGCAUAGUCAUAUUCUUAGCAUAUUUGGUGAGGAAGCGGCAAAGGCCAAACAAUUCUCUGUGGCGCAAAAUAUGAAAAUAACCCUGCAGAGAAGAUAUAACAACGCGGUUAUAGAUAGCUCUCGUCAGAAGCAGUUAGAAAUGUUCCUUGGGCUAAGGCUUUUCAAGCAUCUCCCGUCAGUAUCAAUUCAGCCUUUGCAUGUGCUUAGUAGACGAUUUAGCUUCCUUCUUAAGCCGAUAGCCAGCAUUGACCAGGACCCUGAAGAUGGAGAUAAUCUUCUUAGCUUUAAGCAAAAAAACCUCAUAUGGAUAUCCCAACAGGCGUCGGACAUAAUACAGCUUUUUAUCUACCUUGGAGAGCCUUGUCAUGUUUGUCAACUUCUUCUCACAGUAUCACAUGGUGCAGACGAUUCAACAUAUCCAUCAACAGUUGAUGUGAGAACAGGACGUGAUCUCGACGUGCUUAAACUUGUUUUAGAGGGGGCGUCCAUUCCUCGGUGUCCUAAUGGUACCAACAUCGUGAUACCCAUACCGGGUGCUGUUAGUAAUGACGACAUGGGUUUAAAAAGUAGGGAAACCGUACAUACCCCUCAAACCAACCCUUCGUUUCUAUAUAAUUUUGAAGGACGAGAGGGCGAAUUGGACUUUCUUACUCGUGUUGUCGUACUCACAUUCUAUCCAGCUGAGUCAACCAGUUCCCCCGUCACUCUGGGUGAGGUAGAGGUACUUGGAAUAUCUCUUCCAUGGAGAGACAUCUUUGCUUCCGAAGGUCCCGGCCUAAAGUUACGCGAACGCGUUGCUAAUAUCAAAGAUAACGCCAACUCUUUACCAUCUAAAUCCGGCAGCAAUCCAGAUAUUUUCAGUUUAACAAGUGAUGCGUUGCCACCUGUAAAAUGUGAUACAUCCAGAAACAACACUCAGGUAGACCUUUUGUCGGGUGAAGACGUUAUUUCAAGACCCGAUUCACAACCGAUGACGGAAAUUAGUUUGCAUGAUGCAUCUCUCGACAUGUGUAGUGAUCACAAGGAAGAGAAUGAGUCUCAAAGAGUUUCAGUGCAAGAUAAAACGCCAACCAAAACGGGUGCACAACACUAUAUAAGUUGCUUUGAAACUUUGACCGCCUUGGAUAAAAAAUUAGGGUUCGCAGAAGCAAUGAAACUCGAAAUCGAACGUCUUCGCCUCAAACUAUCAACUGCAGAACGGGAUAAAGCGUUAUCAUCCAUUGGCAUUGAUCCAGCUACAAUAAAUCCCAAUACAAUAAUAGAAGAAUCUUAUAUAAAUUCAUUAUGCAAAGCGGCAAACACCCUUGCAAUUCUUGGUCAAACUUUACUGGAAGACAAAACUGCCAGUUGUAUCGGUCUCAAUCCUCUUGACGACAACGAUGAUAUAGAUUUCUGGAAUAUUAACAGAAUCGGCGAGGGUUGUUGCGGUGAAUCAUGUCAAGUUCAUGCAGAACCUUUGACUAUGACUUUGAAUUCAACUUGUUCGUCAGAGUCAACGUUUAUAUGCUCUGCGUGUAAACGCAGGGUUUGCAGGGUUUGUUGUGCGGGUAAAGGCGCUAUCGUUCUCCGAAACAACGCCAGUGGAUCGAGUCAUAAUGACGUGGAUGGGGUUAUUUGUAAAUUAUGUUGCCAAGAUAGUGUUCUUGAUGCGUUGACUUUGGAUUAUACUAGAGUUUUAAUUAGUCAACUGAGAAAUAGUCAAGCGGAAACCGCUACUUUUAAAGCUUUUGCUCGAGUGGUCGGGGAGAGUUAUAUAUUUGGUAAAAAGGAGUCAUUUAAUAAGUUCGAAACCGGCAACACCCUUCGACUGUUUCAUAAUGAAGAGGAAUCGUUAGCUGGAUUCCCGUUUGGAAGCUAUUUGCACGCGAUUGAAUCCGCUUCGGGUUCAGCGCCACCUUUGUCGUUGCUUGCACCAUUGAAUAGUGGAUUACAACAGUCGUACUGGAGAGCUCCUGCUAGUACCUCUAGUGUUGAGCUUGUUAUUGUUCUUGGCAAUCUUUCCGAUGUCUCCGGAGUUGUUCUUCUUGUUAGUCCAUGUGGCUAUUCUAUGUCUGAUGCUCCUACCGUGCAAAUAUGGACAAGCAAUAACAUACACAAGGAAGAAAGAUCAUGCGUUGGAAAAUGGGACGUUAGAUCGCUUAUCACCUCUUCUCCGCAGCUUUGUGGGCCAGAACAAUCCGGUAACGAGGAUCAAACUCCUCGCCACGUCAGAUUUGACUUUCGAAACACUGUUCGUUGUCGCUUGAUAUGGGUAAAACUAAGUAUUCAGAAAGUUGUUUCAAGUUCCGUUAGUUUCGGGAAAGAUUUCAAUCUCUUAUCCUUCAAUGAAGACCCGCCUUUUGGGCCCGGUAGGCGGGCCUCUAUAGGAGGGACAUCUGAAAGCGAUCCGUGUAUUCAUGCAAAACGAAUUCUUGUUGUUGGAUGCCCUGUGAAAUUAGAUAUUGGGCGAAGUUUUGAGCAUGCUAGUAGCAUAAAAAAUUGGUUGGAGAAAGCUCCGUUAUUGAACAGAUACAAGGUUCCGGUUGACUCAGAGAAAUUAAUUGACAAUGAUCUCGUGUUGGAACAAAACAUUUCCCCAUCUUCACCUCUUUCAGCAGGGUUUCGGCUUGAUGGUUUUAGUGCCAUAAAACCUCAACUAACACAUUCACCUUAUUCUGAUGUAAAUCCGUUGGACACGUCAUCUAUCGUUUUUGAGCAUAGAUUCAUAUCUCCAGCGGUACUUCAUAUUCAAGUAUCUGAAUUACAGGGAUCACCCGAGGAGAUGGUGCUGGUUGCAGAAUACCGGAUUCCAGAGGUGAAGGGCGGCACUGCCAUGUACUUUGAUUUCCCUAAAGUAAUGAGCAGCAAGAAAAUGUUUUUUAGGCUGGUCGGAGAUGUUACCGGGUUUGCAGAUGACCCAGAAGAUGGCGGCGAUACAGGGCGGCCGGUGGCUGCAGGACUGUGUUUGUUAAAUCGGAUCAAGUUAUAUUAUUAUGCCCACCCCGCUGACCUUGGGAGAUGGGCUAGCCUUUCUGGUAUAUGAUCUUAAUUUGUUUAUAGUGAUUUUUUAAUUUAAUUAUUGUAUUCUUUUGGUUCAAAAUAAUCAAUUUCAUUUUAUUUCAGGGUUGUUUGCAGA